AUGACUCUCACUUAUAUCUAUCCCACUACGGAGGACGUCGGCAGCAAUGGCCUGACAACGCAAAAAUUCCCAGGUCCACCCUGGCUCUCCACUAAGUACCCGUGCCAAAUUGGUUACAUCAUCGUUCCGUCUCCUUCUUGGGUGGGCCAGCGGUACAAGUUAUUCUACCGUGACACGUCCACACGGCAUGCCUCUACCGUGACACGUUCAUACCGCAGCAUUCGCCUUCCGCCUUCAGCUCCCGCCAUUUCUAUGAAAAACCGAGAAUUAAGGGAUCUUACUAAUUGCCUCAGGGUUCGGAGUCUGGACAUAGAAGGAUCGUCUUCUUAUUGGCUCGCGGAAGCCAAAGGGCAGCGAAGCAAUGCCAAGACCAACUAUGCAGCCGGCGGGUUCCGCCAACUGAACCCUUCGUACUAA